CGGGGCGACUGGCGGGAAAUUUCCUCUCACACGAUGUUCACGCCUUUUCUUUUGCUUCUCGCUGGGGCUGCUGCCGCCGCGAAGAAAACCGCAACCGCACGAUGGAUCAACACGUGGACAGCGAUGCCCCAGUUGACCGAGUUCAACAACCUGCCCCCAGCUCCAUUUAAUGGCACGACGAAUGUGUUUUUCAACUCGACAAUCCGACAGACGCUGCACAUGUCGAUAGGGGGCGACACUAUUCGCAUCCGAUUCUCGAAUGCCUUUGGUGUCAACAAUCUCAAUAUUGCGGCAGCGACAGUUGCGCUGCCGGCUGGCGGAGUUUCUGGCGCAUCGGCCGUGAUCCCCGCCUCGAUCCAGCCCUUGACGUUUAGCGGAAACCCGACUUUCUCGAUUCCCAACGCGGGCAUCGUCGUCAGCGACCCGAUUUCGUUCCCCAUCAAGCCCCAACAGACCAUCACGGUGACUCUGUAUCUGGCGGGCGGGCAGAAUGGAUUCAGCAUCACAUCGCACCCAGGCAGUCGCGCGACGACCUGGCUCCAGCUUGGGAAUGCCGUGAGUGCGGAGAAUAUUACGGGCCCCAGUGUAACGAGCCUGGCACAUUGGUACUUCGUGAGUGCGGUCGAGACACUCACAACACCUUCUGCAUCUGCAUUCUUCAUCGUGGGUGACAGCAUUACGGAUGGACGGGGAAGCGACACGGAUGGGAACGAUCGAUGGCCCGACCUGCUUCUAGCGCGGAUGCAAAAAAACGCGCCAACAAGCCUGAUUUCGGUCAACAACCAAGCAGCAGGCGGCAACCGUAUACUCGCUGAUGGACUCGGACCGGCCGCCCUGGGCCGCAUUGAGCGAGACGUGCUUGCUCAGACGGGUAAAGUCAAGUAUGCCAUGAUAUUUGAGGGCGUCAACGACAUUGGCACCGCAGACACCAGCGAGACGACCCAACAGGCGGUUGGGGACCAACUCAUUGCGGCGUUCAAACAGAUAUCAACAAUCGUGCAUGCUCAGGGGAUACCCUUCUUCGCGGGCACCAUAACGCCGUUCAGUGCGCCUGCGAAUGUGACCAUCCAGCCCUACUCGAAUCCCAUCCGAGAAAAGCAGCGCCAGCGUAUUAAUACCUUCAUCCGGACGAGCCCUGAUGUCUUCGACGCAGUCGUGGACUUCGACAAGGUCAUCGCAGACCCGCAGAUUCCAUCACAAUUAGCCAGCCAGUUCAACUCGGGCGAUUUCCUGCAUCCAAAUGUGGCCGGGUACACGGCAAUGGCCGCGGCAUUCCCCCUUGACCUGUUUGCGAAAUUCGCUGACGGCGUAUGA